AUGCGAACUUCUACCCGUCGUGGUCGUUUCUUCAAUCGAGCGGGGCUCAGCGAUAGCUGGAAUCGUGCAGUAGGUGCUGUAAGCGACAUGGUUGAAAGACGAGAUCCUGCGAAGGGUCACAUAUCCGACUUGGCACGGCGAUUACAAGAGGCAAUUGACCAGCACUGGAGAACUCGGCAUCAAAGCCGGUAUCAGGCAGUCAAAGUACUGCUCACCCAUUGGGCAGAUACUGACGAUCCUAGCUUUAGAGCGGACGAGGCCGCAAAGAGCCUCGCUGAGGUCUUCAGGAGGCUAUACAGCUUUGAUGUUCAGACCUGGCUAAUACCGACCGUCGACCAGCCGCAAUAUUUCUUAGCGGGGAAGUUGUCACAAUUCGUUCGAGAUCAUGGGAAAGAGGGUAAUCUGUUGAUAUUCUGGUAUGCAGGAUCAGCCAAAGAGACAGACGGCGGCAAAGGCCCCGUCAUGUGGAAGUGGGGGGCAGAGGUAAACUCGUUGAUAGUACCGCAGAUUCUCGGUUCUGCCAAGUCACAUGUCUUGACUCUCUACGACUGUGGUAGUAGUCUCCACGGCCAGGGUGUCUCGAACGCUCCAGUCUUUGAGCACCUCGGCGCAAGCGCAGAUGAGAGCGCUCUAAGCUUUGGUCGUCCUGGAUCAUUCACCAGAUCUCUCAUACGAAUCCUCGACAAACCAGAUACGGCUGCCUUUGGUAUCUGCGUGCUAGAUCUGCAUCGCAAGCUGGUCAACAGCGCCAAACGUCAUCAACCUGGUGCUAGCGCUGAAGAUGAUAAUAUGGCAACAGUGGAUCUUGGAAGCUCCGUGGGAGGCAAGCACAGCAGCCGUAACAGGCACCCCACGACAGUGCCACUCGAGUACACCAACUACAGUAACCCUGAGAACCCAGCGACGCCCAGCACAAACGGGCAGCCACCAUUGCUCUCGCCUCUCAAUACCCACCACCUUCCUUCUGCCAUGUCCCAUGACCUCUCUGCUCGCAGCGUGCCAUCCACAGCCAUGUACACUCAUCUUCCGCUCCGUGUCUACUGCAACCAAGAUCAGAAGAAAUGGGCGGGACGUGGCCGAAUCAUCCACCUCGCCAGGAUCAAGACAGUCUCGACCAGGGAGCGUCUCGAUCACUUCCUCCGGCAAAAGGGCGUUGCGCCAUGCGAGCUUCUGUGGCCUGAGACCGAGUCGCCCAACCAACUCAAAUUUUGGUGCAGAAUGAAAUUCGGGUGCGCUGGUGAUGCGGCGGCGGCCGUCACCGCCCUGGAUGGAGCGUAUUUCGAGAAACAAAAACUCCAAGCCGGAAUACCACGUGGCGUUGCCCUGUAUCCCUCGGUGGCUCACCAUUUCCCAGCAGUUCCGGUCCGCGAGAGGGGCUCGACUAGUUCAAUUGCUUCAACCCCAGAGCCUGCGCCAGUAUCGACGUCCGGAAUACCGAGUACUGCACUCUCGGGUGAUGGCUACAACUACAAAGCUCCAGUUGCUCCGAUCAUGCAACAUGGGCCUGUGACACGUACGAAGCGAGCUCUCAGCGCUGAUGCCUCUACGAACACGGUCCAUCAUGGGCCAAGCGAACCAAAGAGGGUGAAGCUCUCGCCAGCAUAUGGGGGGCCUGCUGAACAUGGUUCACGUGUACAUCAGCUCUGGGAUCGCGACAAGCCUGACACGCGCGCUCCUCGGGACGAGUACGUGACUAUGAUUCAGAAAAUCAAGGUUCCCGCGAGCGCUGUUGCGCACUGGGAGACCCAAGGCUGGACACAAGAGUAG